ACUUUCCACGUAGCCUUUAGACAGAUCGGACGUGUGUAAGAGCGGAUCUGUUGGAUCGAACUGACUACAGCUUCGAGGUUAGCAAGGAUACAUUACGAAAGAAAGGAAGAUGAAUUUAAGGAUUCAAUUGAGUUUCUUGGCUUUAAUGCUAUUAGGUUCUUUGUGGGUGGUUUCUGCACAAGUUGAAUGCUACUCGUGUUCGUAUACAUACCGAGAUGAGGAGACUGAGAGCGAUAAUAGUAACUGCAAAACCCCAACGCAAGCUGACACCAGCACCACAACGUGCCCUACUACAUCCUCAUGCUAUGUACAGAGUUCAAUCUCUUCUUCAUCGAGUGUUCGGUUUCCAGGCAGCAUCACCUACACGCGUGGAUGUGGGGAUCCAGAUGACUGCGUCACUGACUGUCGGAAGGACCCCAGAGACUGCAGGAAAUGUUGCACAGGCGAGCGUUGCAACACCGCCACCUUACAAUCACACCUGAGUGACAAUGCUCUGACUAACACCUGCCACCGAUGCCAGUACUCGGAGGUACCAGGUACCCGGAGUGACACCGGAUGCGCACAAGGUUCCUUCGAUGCCUCUUCAGCCCAAGUAUACAGUGUUGAGUGUCCGGGGCUGUGCUACAGCGCUACAGCCAGAUUUGAUGGAGUACAGGACAUCAUCCGAGGCUGUCUCUACCAUGGGAAUCAAUGUUCCUAUGAUAAACUUGUUUAUAGCGGUAUUCCUGCCUCCGUCGUGGAUGGACGUGAUGAUGUGAAAUACGAUCUCUCAUGCUGUAUUGGCGACAAUUGCAACACCGCUACCGCUCUCUCCGUCGGAUUGGUGGCAGUCUUGCUGUCACCCGUGUUGAGUUUGAUUGUGGUCUAUAUGUAGGAUGUUGGAACCUAAAGACUCCGUAGUUGACAGGCUGUAAACGUAAAAGCAGUGGCGUAUCUGUGUGACAGGGACAAUGGCGCCCGAAGCAAAUUACAAAAUUGUGCCCCCUACAUACACCUGGUGGGGGGGGGGGGGGGCGUUUCACAAAACUUGUCAUCAGUGACAAAUGACAGUUUUUGUUGUAAGCUACUGAAAUCCUUGCUUCUAAUUGGUUAUUAACAGAUUUGUCACUGAUUUUUGUCAUUUUUCAUUGAUGACUAGGCUUUGUGAAACGGGUCCCUGUCCUGUCAGCUCAAAGGUACACACCAGAUUUCCUCACCUUUUCACUACGUCUGUCCCUUAACUGAGAUAUGUAUCCAAAGUUUUUUUAAUGGCUAUACUAGGUUCGGAGCAAAACGACUGACUGAUAGAUUAUUUAACCAAAAGUCACCAAAAUAACAUAAAAAGUGAUUUAUUUAAAAAAUAAAAAAA